UGGCGUGGAGUGCACGUGUAGGAGCAUAGGUGUCGUGUGUGACAAGAUUGCUUCAGACACUUCGGAAUGCAUUUGGAACAGUUUUCUGACAUAAAUCUUGAGGAAUAUUCCUCCAAAAAGCUGUCACUACCCGCGGUACCGUCGAGGUAUAUAGAAACAAUGAGUGGCAGUGAGACAUGGAAUAAUGACAAGGAGAGUGUUGUGUACAAUGCGCUGCCGUUUGCUCGCACCGAACUGCUAAACGUACCAAUAAAGUCAGCCAGGAUACUUUGUCAGGGAGAUGACGUCAAGAAAGUUAUAGAAAUCAUCUUUGAUCUUAAGGAUCAUCCAGUCGAUUUUUUACCGGGCGACACAAUCGGAAUUCAGCCCAUCAACCGAGAUCAGGAUGUAAACUUCUUAAUCGACACACUAGAAUUAAGUUCAAAUACGGAUAAAAAAGUUAAUUUAUCAAUAAUGAAAACAACACAGAAAAAAGCUGCCAAACUGCCGAACUACUUACCUGAAAUCACAACUAAUCGAAUUUUACUAAGAAACUACUUAAAUAUGUAUUCUGCUCCAAAAAAGCUAUUUCUUCGUGCUCUUGUCGAAUUCACUGACGACAAAAGGGAGCGGUUGUUGCUUCAAAUUCUUUGUUCAAAAGAAGGUGGUGGAUUUUACAAUCAAUACGUUACGGAGAAAGGUAUGACAUUUUUGGAUCUUUUGAAAUUGUGCCCUUCUUGUAAACCACCAAUGGGGAUUCUUAUUGAACACCUCCCACGUUUACUGCCACGACCAUAUUCUGUAGCGAACAGUUCGCUCAAAUCUCCAAAAGAGUUGAAGAUAGUAUUCUCUGUCUUAACCGAUGAAUCUCAAAAAGGAUUGACGACUGAGAUGCUGGAAGAAAUGGUUGAAAAGUUUUUAAAAAAUAAAAACAAUCCUUGCAGUGUCAAUUUGUAUUUCCGGGAUGAAAAUGCUUUCAAAUAUACCCAAGACGACCUUAAUAAAAACAUUAUUAUGAUAGGCAUUGGAUGUGGGAUAUCACCGUUUGUGGGAUUUUUAGAACAUAAAUUCGAGUUAGAAAAACAAUUAGUUACGGGAAAACGAGAUUUCAAGACUUGGCUGUUUAGUGGAUCUAGAUAUUGUCGCAACGCUCUAUUUCGGAAGGAAAUCUGUGAUUUCCUGGAAGCUGGAACUAUUGACGAGUAUUUUGAAAGUAACUCACGGGAAGUUGAUAGUGAAUUUAAAUACGUACAAGAUCAGAUUGUUUCAAAUGCGGAGAGGUUUGUUAAUUUAUUGUUAUGCCCACAAACUAAAAUAUACGUUUGUGCUGAUGGAAAUGAAAUCUCAAAAAAGAUUGUAGCAUGCAUAGAGGAAUGUAUAAAAUCAGUUUGUAAUUUACCAAUUGAGGAGGCGAGUGAUAUAUUGAAGGAUAUGCGACGAAACGCUAGGUAUAUUGAGGAUAUUUGGCUGUGAUUUUAUUCAUAAGUAGGGAAAUUUUUAAAUUUUAAUAAAGUAGUGAGUUAUUGUGAAUUGUAGUGAUUACAGAACGAAAUGUGUUUCAUUCGAGAAAUAAUUUGAUUAUUAGUGUAGAUUGAGAUUUAGAUUAUGCGAUGAAUAUGGAAAUAUUUAUACCCGAAGAAUAGUAGUUAAAUGGUUUAUUACUUAAAAUUAUAAAAAGGUGAAGUUUGAUUGUUGACUCUGCAAAAAUCUAUGACGAUCAAUUUAUAAAUUCUUGUAAACGUAACAACUGUAUACAGCUUUAGUUGAAUAAAUUAGCAUCCGCGUCCGAAGUA